AUGUCUGAUCUUCACGAUCUCUGCAAAUUCCCACAGCGGCCCAUUAGCGAAGAAUAUAUUGCUAAUCUAAACCAUUACUUGAGGAAUGGUAUUCCUGCUACAUACACUGUAGAAGAAGCAUACAACUACAUCAAUGGUAUUGAGGAUGUGGAACCACUGACCACGACUACGCCCUUGCAUUUGAUUUGCACACAUGUUCCUUUAGAUUUAUCAGAAGAUGAACAAAAUAUUGUUAAUCAGUUUGUGGAUAUUUUGUUUGAAUAUGGAGCAGGAUGGAGUUUUACAGACGUCAACAAUGAGACUCCAGGAUGUAUAUUAAUACGCCGUGGGUUGAAACAACUGCCGCUCUACCAAAAAAUUGUUGAUGCUGGUGUGCGAGCAGAACUCGUGUUGCGAAAAGUUACCGAAUUUGAUAUGGAGGUAAUCGAAGAUACCGAUGGUGUUAAACAUGAAGAAUUUGGGGAGUUAGAAUACAACAACAGUAACAAUAAUGGGAGCAGUAACAACAUUGAUAGUAGCACUAGUGACUGUGUUUGUGAAAAAAAUGAUGUAAAGAAUGAAGAGCCUAUUAUUAAAGUUGAACAACAAAAGGGAGGAGAUAUUCUAGCAGAUUCCAUUAAAGAAGAGUUUGAAACUAAUGGAAAUGAAGAUGAAAAAGCUGUUGAUGAUGUUUAUGGCAAACCAUCUAUUGAAGUUGACGACGACAUAAAUGCGCCAUCUCAGAAUCAAGUGUCGUAUCUUGAUACAAAACUAGAAUAUACUGAAGAUGCCUUGGUCACAAAGGAUCGUCGUGAUGGAGUGAUGAUGGCAUGGGAAUCCGAUAUAAUGCAACUCGGUGCAGAUGCUCUUUUCUCGGGAGUUGACAAUGAAAAGAGGGAGGAGGACAGCGGGAAAGUACAAGAUUCAGAGGUAACUGUGCUAAACAUUGGGUUUGGAAUGGGUAUUAUUGACAGAAUGAUUCAGUCAAAAAAUCCUACAAAACAUUACAUUUGUGAGGCACACCCUGAUGUAUUAAACAAGAUGAAGAAAGAUGGAUGGUUUGAUAAAGCCAAUGUUGUUGUGUUGUCAGGUCGUUGGCAAGAUGAGUUAGACAAGUUACUCUCGCUGGGAAACACUUUUUUUGAUGGCAUAUAUUACGAUACUUUUUCGGAACAUUAUCUGGAUAUGCUUGAAUUAUUUGACUAUGUUGUAGGAUUGUUAAAGCCCAAUGGUGUUUUCUCGUUCUUUAAUGGGUUAGGUGCCGAUAGAGAGGUUAUUUAUGAGGUUUAUAAAAAAUUGGUCAGUAUAGACCUUGAGAAUUAUGGACUUCAGUGUGAGUUCCAAGAGUUCCCAGUACCAAAAGAUUUGUUUAUGAAUAAUGAGGAUAAGAGUAUAUGGGAUGAUGUCAAGCGCAGUUACUGGUCCUGUCCUACAUACUACCAUCCAGUGGCCAAAUUUAUGGAUUUCUAA